UCAGCAGUUGAAAACACUGUGGAGCUUAGGUAGGCUCAAUUGUUGAAUGGGUUGCGAAUUAGAAUUAACGGAGGAGGGGUUUGAAUGAUAAAACGUAUUGCUCUUAAAUAUUACCAACGUCAAGAAGGCAUAUGUGCUCCGAGCCGCUUGAUUUCCGACUCUGGGUGCUCAGUGUGACAGUCGGUUUUAAAGAGUGUUCUCGAACUACAACAACAUGGGUGUAAUCGGUGUGCAGCUGGUUGUUACCAUGGUAAUGGCCAGUGUCAUUCAGAAGAUAAUACCACACUACUCCUUUGCAAGAUGGCUACUCUGCAGUGGCAGUCUGAGGUGGUACCAGCAUCCCACAGAAGACGAGCUGAGGAGCCUCGCCGGCAAGCAGCAGAAAGGAAAGAACAAGAAAGACAGGAAGUACAAUGGACACAUAGACAACAAGCCACUGACCAUUCCCAAGGAUAUCGACCUGCAGCUGGAGACAAAGUCCAUCUCGGAAGUUGACACGUUAGCUCUGCACUACUUCCCAGAAUUCCAGUGGCUGGUGGACUUCACAGUGGCAGCCACGAUAGUGUACCUCAUUACUGAGCUGUACUACAGCCUGGCCGCGCCCAGCGGCGAGAUGAACAUCAGCGUGGUGUGGUGCCUGCUGGUCCUUGCUUUUGUGAUAAAGGUCCUGUUCUCACUGACGGCCCACUACUUCAGGGUGGAGGAAGGCGGCGAGAGGUCUCUCUGCAUCACCUUCGCCUUCUUCUUCUUUGUCAAGGCGAUGGCCAUUCUCAUCGUGACGGAGAACUACCUGGAGUUCGGGCUCGAAACGGGAUUUGCUAACUUUUCAGAAAGCGCCGUGCAGUUUCUUGAAAAUCAAGGUCUGGAGUCGCAGGGUCCGAUCUCCAAACUGACCUUCAAGCUUAUCCUGGCUCUCCUCUGCUCGCUGAUCGGAGCCUUCCUGACCUUUCCUGGCCUGCGGCUGGCCCAGAUGCACCUGGACGCCCUCACCCUGACCACGGCCAAAGUCACGCAGACCCUGCUGCAUAUCAACUUCCUGGCCCCUCUUAUAAUGGUGCUCUUAUGGGUGAAGCCUAUAACCAAGGACUACAUAAUGAACCCCACCCUGGGGAAGGAAAGCGUGCCUUUGAUGACGGAGAGCACCUACGACACGCUGCGGCUGUGGGCCAUCCUGCUCCUGUGCGCGCUGAGGCUGGCCAUGAUGCGGCACCACCUGCAGGCCUACCUCAACCUGGCGCAGAAGGGCGUGUCGCAGAUGAAGAAGGAGGCGGGGCGCAUCAGCACCGUCGACCUGCAGAAGAUGGUUGCUCGAGUGUUCUAUUACCUGUGUGUAAUAGCUCUCCAGUACGUGGCCCCACUGGUGAUGCUGCUGCACACAACCUUGCUACUGAAAACACUAGGCGGUCACACCUGGGGGGUGUACCCCGAAGAGGAUGUGCCCUGUCCCUCCGACCCUGCAGGAGGCGGUGCCCCUCCCGAGCCGUUGGCCGCCCCGGAGCAGGCCCAGGCCUCAGUGGCCCAGCUGUCCAUGGCCCUGGGGGGCCUCAGGAACGUUUUCACGCCCCUGCUCUUCCGCGGCCUCCUGUCCUUCCUCACCUGGUGGAUCGCCGCAUGCCUCUUCUCCACCUCCCUUUUCGGCCUCUUCUACCACCAGUAUCUCAUGGCAGCGUGAGGGCGGGGGGUCCGGCUCGGCCCGGCUUGGCCCGGCCUGGCUUGGCCCGGCUCGGCUCGGCUCAGCCCGGCUCAGCCUGGUGUGGUUCAGACACAGAAAAAAGACUGCAGACCACCAGACCCUUCACUCUCAGCCACAUCAGCAAAGUUCCCUCUUAUCUCCAGUGCUUCCUUAUGGGACAAUCUCUAUUUCCCUUGCUGCAAAGACAACCCAAUGGAAUUA